AUGUUGCCGGCUGUUGCACCGCCCACCGCCGAGGCCGGACCUGAUCCACCGGUCCAUCAUCCCGAGGUGGAGAUCAUCACCAUGCGCGUGGUCUCGGCAGCGGAAGAUACCACCAGCUUAUCGUGUCCAGUACUGCUGCUUCCCACACCAUCCUUGGCAAAGGGCAUGCACGUGCUGCUCGUCCAGCCCGCCACGGACUCGCCGGCGGCGUCGCUGGUCCCCGCCAGCCGCGGGGACGACGCACCGGCUGUUCAGCAGGCGAGGGAUAAGGACGCCCGCAACAGCAAGGCCGCGAGGGAGCUCCGGGGCUGGCUGAUGGUCCUGGCCACCGUGAUCGCCUCCAUCACCUACGCCUCCGGGCUCAACCCGCCCGGUGGCUUCCAAGGCGGGGGCGGGGACAGGGUGACGCCCGUCCUCCGCGCCACGAGCCCCAGGAGGUACACGACCUUCUACUACUGCAACACGGCCGCCUUCGCGCUGUCCCUCUCCAUCGUGCUCCUGAUGGCCAGCCAGGACCUGCGGAGGCUGGCCAAGAUCAAGGUGCUGGAGAUCAUCGUGGCGCUGGACGUGCUGGCGCUGCUCAUGGCCUACAUCGUCGGCUCCACGUUCGGGUUGGAAGAGCUGGGUGUUUGCGCCAGGCUGGUGCUCAUCGUGCCGGUGGCCCUCGUCAUCAUGUCGUCUCGCGUCUGUGGGAAAUACUUCUGGGACGAACUCUGA